CGUUUGGCGUAGACAUUGGCCCUAUAGCUUUCAAACCAUACUUAUCAACACAACACGCUCACAUACGCCGGCCAAAAGACGUAACAGAAAAGGCGGAUAGAUUGGAGUAAACGGGACCAAGGAACAAAACAAAGAAAAUGGCCGAAGACAGCAGCAACAAUCUCAAUCCCUCCAGACAAGACGCCUCGCCCUCUCCGCCCCCACCAGCGCCAGUCGCUCUAACACCCGGCCCGCGCGCUACUGUCCUACAGAAGACUUUCAACCAGGCAUUGUUGCGUACAUUGCGAGCAAAUUCCUAUGCCAACUUCUCCGGGUGCUUUCCCACCCCUGCGAAACAUGUUCCGGCUAGUCUAGAGUCGGUUUGGAGACAGCUGAAUGCGAAACUGGAGGAAAGCGCAAGGGCGGAGUUCGAAGAUAUCAUACACGAGAGAGAUGCGAUAAGGCAGUUGAAUGAGUUGGAUAGGUUGAUGGGGGAGGCGAGGCAUAGGAGAGACCGUGGACAGGGACAGGGAGAUGUUGCACCCCAUACAUUGACUCCGGAGGAACUAUAUCGCGCACGCCUUGCUCCGCAUUUGCAGGAGGCUCAAGCAACUUUGAAUGCGAACAUAGAGUCUAUACAAAGCGAAAACGUGGUGUUGUCUCAGCGGAUCCAGUCUCAAAGAUCGGAGAUUGAGGAUCUGCUGUCGAGCCUUGAGUCUGUGGCUGCAGACUUGGAGGGCGCUGCGACCGCUGCUACGCAGUUUAGUAUGGAGAACGAUCUUCGCAAGGAAGCUUUACAGAUGGAAGAAGAAGUCAAAACUAGAUCGGAUAUAUGAUUGGUAGCUAGGUACUUGUUGCCUACGACAUGCAGAACGUCACC